UCAUCGUUUUGGUUUCGUCUCGACCGUCUUGGUUUUGCAGUCGAAAUGCCAGUAGAGCUCAGGCUUUCUCGGACCAAUCGUAUCUACCGGCCUUCUGAACAUCUUCAAGGCCAAAUCAUCGUCAAUUCUCCUUCUUCGAUUUCCCAUAGUGGAAUUCGCCUCGCCGUCAAUGGAUCCGUCAAUCUUCAGAUUCGCGGAGGGUCUGCGGGAGUUAUUGAGUCGGUUUACGGUGUCAUCAAGCCUACUCCGAUAGUGAAUAAGAGCAUUGAGGUAAGACCAUCUGGGAAGCUUGCUUCAGGUACAACUGAGAUUCCAUUUUCCAUAAUUCUGAGACAGCCAAGUGAAACCUUGGGAAGAUUUUACGAGACUUUUCAUGGAACUAACAUAAACAUUCAGUAUUUAGUAACUGUAGAUAUAAGUAGAGGAUACCUACACAAGUCGUUGUCUGCCACGAUCGAGUUUAUAGUUGAAAGUGAUACAGCUGAUCUUCUCGAGCGGCCAUUGUCUUCUGAGAUGGUUAUCUUUUACAUCACCCAGGAUACACAAAGGCAUCCACUACUUCCUGAACUAAAAUCAGGUGGUUUUCGAGUGACAGGGAAAAUGUCAACUCUGUGCUCUCUUUCAGAUCCCAUCACUGGUGAAUUAACUGUUGAAGCAUCUGCAGUUCCCAUUAAUUCAAUUGACAUUCACUUGUGUCGUGUGGAAUCAGUUAUUCUUGGAGAGAGAAUCAUAACUGAAACCUCUGUGAUCCAAUCUACCCAGAUAGCAGAUGGAGACGUUUGUCGCAACAUUACUCUGCCUAUUUAUGUCAUACCACCCCGCCUUUUAACCUGCCCAACAGUCUUUGCUGGCCCCUUUUCAAUUGAAUUCAAAGUUUACAUCGUUAUAACCUUUCAGUCAGCGCUAUCAAAAUUACAUUCCAAGACUGAUCCAAGAACUCCAAGACUAUGGCUUGCAAUUGAAUCUCUACCCCUUGAGCUUGUUCGAAGUCGGUCAGAUGAUUAGUUCAGACCAUCAUUACACCUGUAUUUUAUGCCUUCUUGUGGAUGAUGCAGACUUUGAAAGGCAUAUUGUACCUUCAUCUUUUUCGGUUUCGGUUUCUGUUUUGUUAGUUUUUUUUGGAGAGGUGGGGAGAGGGGUUUGAUUUUGGUCUUAAUGGGGGGUAAAGAAAAAAGACCAUGUUCAAAACCUAGUUCUGUAUUUAUCCGUAUAAUAGUGUUAUUUUGAUUUUCGAAUUCAGAAGUUAUAAUAUGUCAUUAUAUGAAGUUGAGAUUACUAGA